CCAGUGAAGCGGGAAAGGUACCAGGUACACCGCUCUGCUUCUCAGAGUUCAGAGCAUGCGCAAUAUCAGGUCACUGAGCAGCCCCACCCAAAACAGUGUUUCUUCGGUUUAUUCUCAGUCAGCUCCACUGCUGAGAAAUACUUUAUUAAGGAAAGAAUAAAGACCCAACAUGGCCUCCACCAUGCUACAGACUGGUGGCUUCGUCCUAGGCAUUCUUGGUAUUGUAGCACUUAUUGCUGCCGUUGGUAUGAAUAACUGGAGCAGUCAGGAUCGUCAAGGAGAUGUUGUGACCUCUGUAUACACUUACAAGGGACUUUGGCGGAAUUGUGAAGUUACCACAGCAGGGUUAACAGAAUGCCGGCCUUUCUAUGGUCUCCUUGGGUACUCAGGUUCUUUUCAAGCCGUGAGGGCGCUGAUGAUUGUGGGGAUUGUCAUGGGAGUCAUCAGCGCUCUGCUGGGCCUUUUCUCCCUGAAGUGCUUUAAAAUGGGCAGUAUGGAAGAUUCCCCCCGAGCAAAGAUGACCCUUACUGCUGGCAUCAUGUUCAUUGUUGCAGGUAUUUGUGGCAUCGCAGGAGCUUCAAUCUAUGCCAAUCAGAUUGUGGCUAGUUAUAUGAGGACAAUGUAUAACCCCAAUUAUGGUGGAAAUGAAGGGAUAGGAGGAAUGGGAGGAGGAGGAUUCGGGGGAAAUUCCAUUCCAAGGUACACAUUUGGACCUGCACUCUUUGUGGCCUGGAUAGGAGGAGCACUGGUGCUGUUGGGGGGCAUACUGGAUUGUGUUGCCUACAAAGGGCUUGUACCUGAGAAGUCAAGCUAUGGAGCAGUGGCUUACAAAGCCCCUUCCCACAGCAAUGCAACUUCAGUGCACACUGUCAAGGAAGAAGGAAGAAGAGAUCAAAAAUAUGUCUGAGUACUGAAAACUCAAUGUCCUGUCCUAAAAUCUUUUUCUUGUCAUAUCAAUAGUUACAGGAUGGAAUCAUAUCAGUUUUUAAGAAUGUGUGCAUAACUACUCAUGUAGAGGAUUUUAAAAUGUAUAGCCUCAUUUCACCUGGAAAGAUGUAAUGUACUCUUUUAGCCAAUAUUGAGAGAGUAUUUAAUUCUGCUUCUUAUUUCCCAAACUCAAAAGUAUUUGGUUUAUAUAACAUUUCUUCUUUAUACUGCCUUUUAAAAUAAUUUCUUGAAGUACAACUUUACCUUGCUAUAUUUCAAUAGUUAAACCGUCCUAGGGUAUGUUGUGAUUUUUGGAGCAAAAAAAUACUGAAUUUGCAAUGGAAAAUGUUAAUUUUAGGGCUGUCAAUAGAUACAAAAAAUUUUACUAAAUUAAUCUCACAUUUUGAAAUUCAUUAAUCUAGAUUAAUCGCGAUUAAAAGUUU